AUGAACUAUCCUAUCUAAUGAAAAAAGAAACUUUUGUUUAAACAUUACAGGUUCUGCUUGUUGGAGGGGGAGAUGGUGGAAUUCUUAGGGAAAUAUCACGCCACUCUUCUGUUGAGCAUAUUGAUAUAUGUGAAAUAGACAAAAUGGUCAUUCAUGUUUAUAAGAAGUUUUUCCCAGAUAUAGCUGUUGGUUACGAGGAUCCCCGAAUGCAUGUUCAUAUCAGAGAUGGAGUUGCGUUCAUCAAUUCUGUUCCUGAGGGCGCUUACGAUGUCAUUAUACUGGAUGCUUUUCCAGCAAUGGGACAUAGUGCAGAUGUUCUUGCUGAUAAAUGCUUCUUAGAAUCAAUAGCAAAGGCUCUUCGACCCCGUGGAGUGCUGUUGUGGCAUACGAACUCUGAGGUUGCAGAUACCAUAGCUAAUUGCAAGAUAUUCAAAGGCUCCGUUAAUUAUGCCUGGGCAACAGUUCCUGCAUAUGUAAGUGGGGCGAUUGGAUUCAUGCUUUGCUCCACGGAGGGUCCCCCAGUGAACUUCAAACAUCCAAUAAAUAAAUUGAAUCCAGAGAAAAAUGGGGUAGCAAAGGGACCUCCUAAGUUUUAUAACUCAGAGAUCCAUGCUACUGCCUUCUUUUGUGGACAAGGUUGGUUGAUCCAACAAGAUAUUCAUAAAUAAUUCGGUAGUAUUAAGGAAUUGUUGUUAGUUACCCUUUGUACUGUGUCGUUCUGCCUAUUUAUGGGUAAUAUGUUGCACGUGCGAAACUAUCUCAAUUUUAUUUGUAUUGGAGUAUUGUAAGAGCUGCAAUUAUUCAACUGCAGUAGUCUCGGGUAGCUAGCUUUACUCUAGUUAGUCAUUAGAGAGUUAGUUUCUGAGUUAGUUAGUUAGUUAGUGACAGUUGUUGUAACCAACAGAAUAGUCUAUAAAUACUAAACUGUACUCAGAGUUUGGUGGUUAAUGAAACUGAGUUGCUUUCCCUUUCA